GGUCUACGGUUUUUCGUUUAGUUUGUGUAGGUUUAACAAUAUUUUAUAACACAAAGUGAAUAUAAUCCAGAGAAAACUAUGGCUUACUUGACGCAGCCCGACUACGUGAAGUACAAGUGCUCCUGCGGCCAACUGAAGCCUAUAACUAGUCUCUACUUCUGUCGACACUGCUUGAAGAUACGCUGCGGAUUCUGUAUUUGUCAUGAGGUUGAUUCCCACUACUGUGCCUACUGCCUUGAAAACAUGCCAUCAUCAGAAGCCCGACUGAAGAAGAACCGUUGCAGCAGCUGUUUCGACUGCCCCAGCUGUUUCCACACGCUCUCCACCCGCGCUACGCUAGCCCAGCCUCGGCAGGACCCGGCGGCAGGGGCAGGCGGAGACGGGAAGGUUGGGGAUGGCAAGCAGGCCAAGCGGGUGUAUUACCUGUCCUGCUUCAACUGUAGGUGGACGGCUAGGGAUGUGGGCAUUCCGGACCAACCUGUAGCAUCGGGCGGCUGGCCGGAGCGCACCAGCCCUCACGCCACGCGCGUGAACCAACUCCUGGACUAUUACAAGGCUGUAUUACAGCAGGAGAAACAGGAGAAGAUAGAGCGAGAGAGGAAGAAGUUCGCUGUCAGAGGGAAAUACAUCACGCUCACUGACAAAACAGGCCUAACAGGGGCGAUGGCCCGCAGCAUCGCAGGCCUGCCGCCGGCUGAGGGUUCCAGUCUCGCCCUAGCCGGGUUCACUCCUGCUGUCGCCAGUGAAGAAGUCGAUGAAUUACCUGAAGACGCCUUCACUAAAGAUGUCAACUUGAAUCAGAUAACCAGCAUGCCACAACGCCUGGCCGCGCCGGAAUGGCAGCCGACCCAAGUGUCCCGUCUGCACCCCAUCGCCAAACUACUCAGUGUCAAGCGGUCUCAGCGGUGCCGGGCUUGCGACCACAACCUUACCAAGCCGGAGUAUAACCCUGGAUCUAUCAAGUUCAAGAUAGAACUAUUGGCUUACUACCACGUGCCCGAAGUGAAGAUAAUUUCCUGCGAGAUCGUCCGUCCGGGCGGCAAGUCCACCUUACUGCUGAAGCUCGCGAACCCCACUCCUCACGAGAUGACCUUGAGGAUCCUGCAACCUUCGGAGAUUCCUGCUGAAGAGGAGAAAGAAAGUGAUAAAGAUACCAGUCUGGAGAAGAGUUUGGAUAAGAGUCUGAAGAUUGAGAAGCAAGAACCGAGCUGGAACCCCAAGGAACCACCUGCAGUCCUGACUCACAUCACCCCGCCCGCUGUGACGCUCGCGCUUGCGCCCAGAGAUGACGCCGCCGAGUAUGAUGAUGACGCUCGUCACGAACCUAGCCACAUAAUCCUCUGGCGCAAGUCCAACAAGCUCGCCCUCCGCCUCGAGCUGGCCACCGACGCGACCGCCGCGGAGGGCUGCGCGGCGCAGACGGCGCUCGCGCUGGAGUACUCCUACCGCAACACCGUGCCGCAGCCCGGCGCUCCGCAGAACAGGGACCACACCUUAUACACCACUCUUUAUCUAGAUCUAGGCACGGUGGGGGCAGCUGGCUUGUAAAACGAGAUAUCUCAAGUUGGUCGACAGCGCCAUCUCUGGUUGAGUCUGACAAACCUAUAGCACACCUCGGACACUGGCGAUCAAAUAUGUGAAAGAGGCGCAUUUCUACCACACAGUCUAAGCUCGUGUAGGUGAACGCGUACCAUGCUUGUAUGAGUGAAAUAUGUCAGGUCGACUAUUCGCGUUUUUAAUGGGUACUGUACGAUAGUAUUAUACUGUGCCUAUAGAUAACAGUAGUGCGGCGCCAUCUAACGUUUGCUUUAAAAAGUUUUUGAAAAUUGGUGAAUUUAGAGGUUACCGCAAAAAAUAUCUCUAUUCUACAUAUUAAUAGCAUCAAAAAUAGUAUUUUCUUCGAUCAUUUUCGCCCGAUUCGAGCUAAUUACUCACGUGUCCACCACAGAAGGCUUCGCGACGCGGACCGCGCUCGCCGUAGACUACUUCCACCGCAACACCGUUCCUCAACCGGGAACUCCGCAGAAAAUAGACCACACGCUAUACUGUAUUUAGACUUGGGAACUGUGGGUGCAGCUGGCUUGCAAAAAUCUUUCAUGUGUCAAUACUCGAUGGAGUUACAUGAAAAUAAUCUUAACCUAAGUAGUUGUAAAACUUAACAAUUGUUUUUAUCGUAAAAUUUACUAAGAUAGUUUGUAACUUUGUAGUCAAAGCUCAACUAUAAACAAAUCGUGUGCCUAAAAAUGUAUAUGCUUGUUAACUAAAUGAAAUUACUCACGAAAUUCCAUUCUCAUUCGAAAGCUAAGUGUAUGAGAGAAGUUAGUUUAGUAUUUAUUUUUAUAGCUUUAUAAAAUGUAUUUUUAAGUUUAGGAGGUGCAAUGUGUUACCAUAACUUUCAAUACAUUUUGAAGGUUAUAAGUUUCUCAAAAUUAAGGAAUUUUAAUGUUAUAUACCUUUUACCGGGAAAUUAGUUUGAAACAUCUGAAAUUAUGUGAAAAGUUUACAAUUCCUUGUAACUUUAUAUAAAAUGUAUGCGAAUAGAGAACGGACAGUCAAAUAACCUCAGAGCCCAUAAUACUAGAGAGCGGACACGCCGCCAUCGGACGUGUCGCAGUUGUUAGCGCAUUGAGCAUACAGUUGUCGUUGUUUGCGUGCGUGAUGGCACUAUGUUGCAUAAUAGCCCAAUAGGAGCGUCCAU